UCCUUUCUUCGUCGCGUUUCUUUGCAGAAUCGACAAAUAGAGGUGGAAGCUAACUAUGAGCAGGGACAGAGCUCCGAGAGUCUUUCUCGGUCGACUACCUCGAGACUGCAAAGAGAGAGACGUCGAGAAGUUUUUCCGUGGAUUUGGACGAAUACGAGAGAUAAAUUUAAAGAAUGGAUUUGGCUUUGUGGAAUUUGAUGACUAUAAAGAUGCUGAUGAUGCGGUUUAUGAACUAAACCACAAGGAAUUCAUGGGAGAAAGAAUAACAGUGGAACAUGCCCGUCCAACAUCAAGGAGUGGAGGUGGUGGAGGUGGGGGUGGAGGUGGCAGUGGUGGAGGAAGUGGAAUGAGAAGAGGUGGUGGAUUCAGGUUUCGAGACAAAUAUGGUGCACCUUAUAACACUGAAUUCAAAUUGACUGUGGAAAAUUUGUCAUCCCGUGCAAGUUGGCAGGAUCUGAAAGAUUACAUGCGUCAAGCAGGGGAAGUGACUUUCACCCAGUGACAUAGAGACAGAAUAGGAGAGGGGGUUGUUGAAUUUGCCACCCUUAAUGACAUGCAAAGGGCACUGAAACGUCUAGAUGGUACUGAGUUGCUGGGAAAGCGCAUAAGGCUGACAGAGAGAAACCGUCCACGAAGAUCCCGUUCACUCUCACCACGGCGCCGAACUAGGUCCAGGUCACGUUCGCCAAGGAGGUCACACUCGCCUGCCACCAGAGGACGACACUCGCGCUCUCCAUUGGCACAACGUGGUCGCUCACUGUCGCCACGCCCUAGUGGAAGUCCUGGAAGACGAUUAUACUCAAGUUAACCAGAGCUUAGCUUGCUUUAUCUCAUGAAUACUGUGGUUGUUAGCUCUAGCUUCAAGUUCAGUUAUUGUUUGGCCAAAAUUGGCCUUUGAUGCCAUUUUAUCUUUUUAGAUUGUUGUUUUGAGUUUUUGUUGUGAUAAACAUUAGAGACAAUUCACUUAAACUUUGCAGUCAAUCACUUUGUGUAUUGUUGUCAAAUAAAUGAGAUAUGAUCAUU